UUAUUUAAAGACCAGAAAGAGACCUCCUAUUAGGGAAAGUUCUAAAAAAUUUUCAGUUAACUUUGACGAGUCCGAUCAAAUGAUUGAUGCAGCAACACACGAAAAAACAUCCGAUGAAAAUAUAGAGAAUGAAACAAUUGACCGAACUUCAUCAUUAAACUGUCAACCAAAUUAUAAAGAAAAUUCUAAACAAGUGUCAAUAGUUUUUCAGGAGAAAACUAACAUGCUGGGACCAACUGAAAUUAAAACACAAGCGGACACCAAUGAGUCUAUACCCGUUGACAAUUCUCCAAGUGAGAUAUGUGGUGCUAAGGAGACAGGGUUUUUAUUUCAAGCCAUACUAGAAGAACCUACAACUAGUCUGUUUAAAUCAUGCAUCAGAAACAACAACGAUUUCAUUGGAAUGCUGUUAAAGACUUUUAUAGCGAAUUCCGAUAUGACACCUCUCAUAAAUUCAGUAUCUUCAGAUUCUCUACAAAGGUGUAUUAAGCCAUUACUUCAAAUUAUAGUAGACUAUGAAUCAUCUUUAAAAGAAAACGAAAUAAAUCUUAAGGCGGCUCGUGAAACUGCGUUUGCAUUAGUACAACAACUAGAAUCUCAUAAAGAGAAUUUGGAAAAGGUUGAAUCGAAUAGAGUCAUACUUAAGGAAAAGAGUGACUUUAUGAAAUUUAGUAUCUCUAAACAACAACAAGUGUUUAUAAAUGAUGCUUUCGUUGAUCAUUCAAAUAUGGAUUCAUUAGAACUUCGUCCAGAAUUUGAACAUCAAUCAUGCAAAUACAACAAUAAAAACAAAAAAUUAGAAGAGGGGUGUGUAGCAGUAAAAAAAAAAAACCAACUUUUUACUGUAGCGGCUUCACAGACAGAAGAUAAGAGUCAAAAAAUUUCAGAAGAUGACUUUAAAAAAAAUUAUGACCCAAUCAUCACAUCAUGUUUAUAUUCUAUACCACCAGCACCAAUCCUCGUAGAAGAAUCAUUAACAAAACAUUUUGAGAGUGUGCUAGAAGAAAUUAUGGCAAUUUGCGAUAAAAAAAUUAGUGAUGAACCCUUGCUCAAGCUUCCAGAACAAAAAAAAAUUUCUGUUUUUCGUAGUAAUAUAGAACUUUUCACUCUGUAUUAUAAUAAGGAAUCGAAUUGCAUGAUAUCAACUGUAGAUACUGAUAAAAUUCAACUUCUACUGGCUUCUCUUUCUAAAGACCUACACCAUGAAUGUAACAAGAAUAGUGUCAAUUCUGUGUAUCGCAAAUAUGUAGAAAACAUUUACCAGUGUAAUUGGUUUACAGAAAAAACAUAUAUGGACUUCAUAAUAAAUUACGUUUUAUUGACAAAAUUUAAUUCAAGCCGUCUCUAUUCUCGUACGGUUUCUAAUGAACAAGCAAAAGACACAGCGGUAAAUCACAAGGAAAAAAAUGACACUUUGCCCCCUUUUAAUACUAAAAUGCACGAUGGUCGAUCUGUUUCAAAUCUAGCAGUACCAAUUUUCACAGAACUUCUUAGCGUUUUAAAAUCAAAAACCGACAACCUAUUAGCUUUGGAAGGCGUAGAAGAAAUUAAUACUACAGUUUGUUAUGUGAUACCGGUGCUUGAAACGAUUGAAGAACGUAUACCUGUAGCCUCAGAUCGUUUAGAAUUCGGGGAAGCUGCCAGAGAAUUAUUUUUUUCUAUAGUAAACAUAGCAAAAGAAAAUUACAUCAACCACCAACGUUUACAUCGUACAACUGAGGAAUUUCAUUCGCGUCAAAAGCAUUUGCUAGAAGCUAUUAAUGAAUACCGUACAAUGUUUAUAAAGCCUCCAGAUGAAGAACAACUUGAACGCGCUAAUUUAAAAGGGAGGCUUGUUACUACCGUACUUGUUGAGCACGAUGGGUACCCAAGUUUUAUUUUAGGGUGUGUUGAACUUUUACCUAAAUUUGAAAACAAUGAAAUUAACACACAAUCAUCUUCAAAUUACAGCAUUUGGGUGCCCGGUUUCUUUUGGUGGCGUAUAGAGGCCUUAGAAGAAUCUCCUUAUUGGUCAGAUUUAGUGAAGAAUUCAAGUACAUCCCUAAACCCUUCAAAAGAUUAUGUUAUGCAACUGAAAAAAACAAUUCAAAGUCAAAACGAGCAUUCGAAGUUGUUACAAGAGGAGAUUAAAGAUUUGAAUAUACAAUUUCAAGAUUACAAAACAAAAGCAACUACUGUAUUUAAAAGUGCGAAACUUUUGACUUCUGCGACACUUUCCAAGGCGGUGCAGUGUCAAUGUAACGACAUUAACGACUAUAGUCAGAAUAUUAAAAUGGUAGAAAAGAAGUUUUUGAAAGAACUAGAACGCUACAAAAUGGAACUACAAGAGGCACAAGUGACUUUAGAAAACAAAAGCGUUGAAAUAAAAGAUCUCGUAGAAAUCAUUGAAUCCUGGAAAGAAGAUAAUGAAGCAUUGAGAGAAUUGUUAUCCAAAGAAAAAAUAUUACGCCAGAAGGUCGUUGACGAAUACGAAGUGGAAAAGAAACAGUUUGAGGAACAAUUGAGGUUUAGUAAAUCACGCAUUGAAAAGCUAACACAGAAUAUAUUUUCAAACAAUACUCUUCCGUCGACUAAGAGUACGCAUACUCAAUCGGACAAAACUGAUAUAUGCACUGAUUUUAUUCAAAAGACUAUAUAUCCUGGCUCUGAUCAAGAGUUACGCCGUAAAAAUUCAAUUGAUGAACCGAAUUCAGUUAGCGAAGAUAAAAUGCGCAAGAUGGAUUCCCCUAUGAUAGAAUUGCAAGAAAAUAAAACGACAAGCCAGACGUUUGACGCCGUUGAGGAAAACCAACUAAAUAAGUCUAAUCUCACAGCUUUGCCUUCCACACUUGGGGGAAAUUUGGGAGCGACCGGAGGUUAUAUAGAAACUUUACGUCGAGCACUUUAUAUAAAAGAACAUCAAUUGAAAGAAGAAAAGAAUCAAAAAUCGCUUCUUAUUGAACAGAUUCAAAAAAGUAAAAGGAAACUUGAAGAAUGUCAAACCAUUUUGAGGAUCAAACCUUUUGGCGUAAUGGAAAAUGAGUCAAAUACUAAUGUACCAAUAGCGUUUGUUCGUCAUACAAUUUUACAAUUUAUUCUUACGGGACAACUUGGCACGUCAGAGCACGAGGCUAUUAUUCCUGUCAUUGCAUCUUUUUUCUCAUUUACAACUGAGGAACUAAAAAAAAUUGAGGAAAACCGUAAGAAAAAUACUCGUGGAAACAAAUGGCUCUUAAUACGUUAAUGACCGUAAUUUAAAAAGAAAAAAACAAUUUUCCUUGUUUUUUAAAUAUCCUUUUAGGCUUUUUUUUUUAACUAAAAAUUUUUCUAGCAUUUUAAAUGAAUAGCUUACCAUUCUUUAAAAAAAAAAGUGUUACUAACCGAAUUAGUCGUUGAAUUUUUUUGUACACACUUAUAAAAAGUUAUAAAUUAAAUGAUAUCAAUUAUUGAUUUUAUGAAUUCUAUUGAAACACACUUAAAAUUUCGUACAUGAAACGCUUUAAGAGACAUUUGUUAA